ACAUUUGAUAAGCACUGGUUUCAUGUAGAAUAAAUAAAUAAACAAUACGUCUCCACACUUUGGCCCCGCCCCCUUCAACUCCCUAACAACGGAUAUCAAGAGUUAAUGAUAUACAGCAGGUUGUUCUCAUAUGCAACUCAUUUGCAUAUUUACUGACCCUCAAUACCUGGUUUAUCGGCUGAGGGGAGGACUUUAUGCUGACUCGUGAUUUUAGAAAGUGAAUAAACCCCGAUCGAGGAUUAUUUUAAUGCUUCUUCGUCACAUUUAAGAGUUUUAUUUUGAAACUGAUUAGAGAUUAACGUCAGUAACCAGUCCUCCAGGAAGUGGAGUCAGGUGUUUGGGUAUUUCUACAUUUAAAGUGGCACACAGAGGGGACGAAGCCAGAGGAAGACUCAUCGUGCCAAUGGAGACACACUUCAACCACAACGAUGAAGGCUUUUAUAUGACUGAUCCCAGACCGCCGGAAUACUUCCAGGUUUCACAGAGGAAAGAACUGCUGCUGAUGAGACGCCAGGAAUGGAACGACGGGAACUCUGUGCACCCGUUCAAACGUGCGACGUUUGAAGCUUGCGGCGAGGAGCCGGUGGGCCCUCCUCCGGCGCCGGUGAACUCUCAGGUCACGGGUCAUCUCCCGGGCCACGCGAACGCACAGCGCCGACGCGUGGCGCCGACUGCCGAGCCGGCUCCGACUUUGUUUCACUGGCAAAUCCAGCGAGAGCUGCGGAGGCUUGACGGCGUCGCUCCGGAGACGCUCUACAUGCAAGAUGCGGACGGUGACACGUUCCUUCACGUGGCAGUGGCACAAGAGAGACGGGCUCUUGCGUAUGUGCUCGCGACGAAGAUGUCUCCGUGGGGCUCUCUGGACACGAGGGAGCACAACGGGCAGACGGCUCUCCAGGUCGCGGCCGCCGCCGACCAGCAGCUCAUCGUCCACGACCUGCUGACCCUCGGAGCCCAGAUCAACACCCGGGACCGCUGGGGCCGCUCGCCUCUGCACGUGUGUGCGGAGAAAGGCCAUUGGCUGAGCCUCCAGAGCAUCUGGAGGACCCUGACGGGCAGCGGGCAGCCAAUUGACAUCGAGAUGUUCAACUAUGAGGGUUUAACGCCGCUGCACGCCGCCGUGCUGACCCACAACGCGGCGCUGAGAGGGGGGCGGAGGAGCCGCUGUGCGUCCGAGGCCAAGGAGCAGCUGCAGAAGGCCGGGAGGUCCGAGGAGUGCGUCAAGACGCUGCUGCUCAUGGGCGCCUCCUGCGGGACAAAGGAUCAGAAGAGCGGGAGGACGUGUCUGCACGUGGCCUCGGAGGAGGCGAAUGUCGAGCUUAUGAAGGUGCUCCUCGCGCAGCCCUCUUCAUCGUCGGUUGUCAAUGUUCAGACUUUCAGUGGGAACACGGCGCUGCACGUCGUCAGCGCGCUGCAGAAUCACGACGCGCAGGUGGAAGCGGUGAGGCUGCUGAUGAGGAGAGGCGCAGACCCCGGGGCCCGGAACCUGGAGAACGAGCCGCCUGCUCAGCUCGCGCCAGAGGGGCCCAUUGGGGAACAGGUGCGGAGGAUCCUGAAAGGGAAACAUUUAACAGCUUAAGUGAAGCUCAGAAACACUGUCAGUCAGACAGUCCAAUCUUAUCAUAUUAUUAUUUGCCAAAACAAGGCAGAUGCUGGUUGUUUCUGUGAAACAUGAAUUUGUUAUUUACCAUGUAAUGCACAACAGGAGACAUUGUGUUUUUUUGCAAAUUAACCUUGAAGGUGGUAUGUUAAGAUAGCAAUGCAGAUAGUCUGCAAUUGCUAUUUUUCAGUUAUGCAGGGCUAAAUUGUUUAACUAAAGUAGUUUAAUUUUAGUCAACUAUUUUUGGUUUAAUGUAAGUAGAAAUGCUAUGCGCAUGUGCUUUAACUAUUAUUUUGCCAUUUAUGUUUAGAAACACUGACAUGUACUACAUUUUAUUGUGACGUUUGUAUUUGAAUUGUUUUCGAACAAUGUAAUUAAAGGUUUAUAUCUGG